AUUGCGCUUCAGCACAGACAGAAAGGAAUCAGCUUGCGUUUUUAACAUUAAAACGAAUUUAAUUCACUACUUUUGCUCGGAUGGCUUGAGAUGUUUUUGUGGAAAUAUCCCCAGUGGAUGGACACAUUGCCGUGAAGAGGAUGUAAAUGAGGAUGUUUGCAUUCUAACGGAGCAAGGAUGACAAAGACAAUAGGAUACAGAGACUGGAGAUGGCAGGCUUUUUUGUGGCAUUUUCUUUUGUGGACUACAGUGGUUGCUCAGACUCGUUACAGAAUCCCAGAGGAGCUCAAACAAGGUUCGGUGGUAGGAAAUCUGGCUAAAGAUCUGUCUUUGAGGCUGUCUGAGAUAUUUGAGCGCAAGCUGCGUGUCGCUGCUGAGGCUGGUAAGCAGUAUUUCAGCGUGGAUGCGGGGAAGGGCGAGCUGCUGGUCAGCGACAGGAUAGACAGAGAGGCUUUAUGCGGACAAAGCGCUAGCUGCGUGCUCCCUCUGCAGGUCGUUCUAGAAAAUCCCUUACAAUUGCAUCGAAUUGAAGUAGAAAUACAAGAUGUCAAUGACAAUGCUCCCAGUUUUGUCAAAAGUGAGCAUGUUAUUGAAAUCUCAGAAUCCACCGUUGUAGGUGUAAAUUUUCCCCUGCAGAAUGCAGAAGACCCUGAUGUUGGGAGCAAUACAGUGAAGACAUACACACUCAGCAAAGAUGAAUGUUUCACAUUGAAAGUUAGAGACAUUGAUAAUGGAAGAAAAAUGCCCGAAUUGGUGUUGAAUAAAUCAUUAGAUCGUGAAAAAAAAUCUGUUCAUAAUUUAAUUCUUACAGCUAUAGAUGGUGGCAAUCCUGUUAAAUCGGGAACUUCAAAAAUUAGAAUAACAGUUCUCGAUGUUAAUGACAAUGUUCCUUUCUUUGAUAAUAAAUUGUAUAAAAUAUCUGUUCAAGAAAAUAGUCCAAAUGGGUCUUUUAUCAUUACAACAAAAGCGACAGACAUAGACAAUGGUCCAAAUGGUGAAGUGGAGUACUCUCUUGGGAUACACGCGCCACCAUCAGUUCUGGCAUUGUUUCAUAUCGACCCCAUUAGUGGAGAUAUCUUAUUAAAAGAUAAUUUGGACCGUGAAAAACAAUCCUCUUAUCGAAUUGACAUUAUUGCAAAAGAUAAAGGUUUACCAAAAAUGGAAGGUCAUUGCAGCGUACAGGUUGAUGUAACAGAUGUAAACGAUAAUGCACCAGAAAUUGUGUUAACUUCUAAACCCAGUUCUGCACCGGAGGACUCUUCAAUUGGGACAGUUGUAGCUUUGCUGAGUGUACGUGACCCUGACUUUGAUAAAAAUGGGGAAGUGACCUUAGAUCUUCCCAAAGGCUUUCCCUUUACUCUUAAACCAUCUUUUUCUAAUAAUUAUGCGCUAGUGACCAGUGGUCCUCUAGACCGAGAGAGUGUGUCUGUGUACAACAUUGAGAUUACAGCCACGGAUGCAGGCUCUCCUCCUCUCUCCAGUAAAAAAAUGAUCGCUGUCAGCGUCACUGAUGUUAAUGACAACUCUCCUCAAUUUUCUCAAAACUCGUAUAAUGUUUAUUUAAAGGAGAACGGAGUAGCAGGCUCUAUAUUGUACUCCGUGUCCGCAAGUGACCCGGAUGCUGGUGAAAACGCCAAAGUGUCGUACUCUAUCGUGGACUCUAAAGUGCAUGGCGUGUCCGUGUCGUCGUACGUCUACUUGAACUCCGAGAACGGCAGCAUCUACAGCAUGCACUCGUUCGACUACGAGAAAGUCAAAGUGUUUCAAGUUGUGGUUGAGGCAAAAGACCAGGGCUCGCCUUCGCUCAGCAGUAGCGCCACUGUCCAUGUUUUCAUCCUGGACCAGAACGACAACGCCCCCGCAGUCAUAUACCCCUCACCCCAUACAGCGUCCCACCUGAGGGUGCCCCGCUCAGCCAAGGCGGGCCACCUGCUCACCAAGGUGACGGCCGUGGAUGCCGACUCGGGCCACAACGCGUGGGUCUCGUACAAAGUGGCAGAGGCCACGGUCGCCUCUCUGUUCACGCUCAAUUCUUACACGGGGGAGGUGAGGACUAAGCGGGCCGUGUCUGAGCAUGACGACUCCUCUCAGAGGCUGAUCGUAGAGGUCAAGGACGACGGGGAACCGGCCCAGUCGGCCACCGUCACGCUGUCCAUCCUGCUGGAGGACGGCGUGAGUGAGCCCGUCUCGGAGCUGAGACACAAGGCGCCCGAUCCCGGCAAGAAAGGCGGCACAAUCACACUUUAUCUGAUUGUGUCUUUAGCCUCGGUGUCCGUGCUGUCUCUGCUCACUUUGCUCGUCUUGGCCGUCAAAUGCAUGAGGGGCAGUGCUACUUGCUGCAUGAGGCAGACACACUCCAACGAGGACAAGAAGCCCAACAGAAAUCUGCAAAUUCAGCUCAACACCGACGGACCUAUCAAGUACGUGGAGGUUCUGGGAGGUGACGUCAUGUCUCAGAGUCACUCCUUCAGGUCGUGCAUGUCUCCCAUGUCGGAGUACAGUGAUUUCACUUUGGUUAAGCCCAGCAGCACCACCGACUUUAAGGAGGUCAUCAGCGUCCUGGACGCUUCUUUACCUGACAGCACCUGGACUUUUGAGAGCCAGCAGGUGAGCACUACUUUUGUUUGA